UCUCCCCUCCCGUCCUCCGCUCCCGCACAUGCGCACUGGCAGCAGCUGUUAGCAGAGAGCCGCGGCAGCACGAGGAGGCGAGCAGCGAGAUAAAGUGGAAUAACAACAGAAUAAAGUGAAGAAAAGAGAGAAUAAAGGAGAGGUUGGAGAGAGGAGAGCGAGCCGGAGGAGGGAUGAACCAACUGGAGCGUCCAAAAGACGAGGAGGACCAGGAGGAGACAGACUGUCACCAUGACAACAGUGAUGGGACCAACAAUAACAACAACAACAACAGACGCAGGACGGUGUGUCCCGGGGCAGGAGAGCACCCUCUGCAGUAUAACUACACCUUCUGGUACAGCAGGAGAACUCCCAGCAGACCGGCCAGCUCUCAGAGCUACGAGCAGAACAUCAGACAGAUAGGCAGCGUGGCAUCGGUGGAGCAGUUCUGGAGGUUCUACAGUCACCUGGUGCGUCCCGGUGAUCUGAGUGGACACAGUGACUUCCACCUCUUCAAAGAGGGAAUCAAACCCAUGUGGGAGGACGAGUCUAACCGCAGCGGGGGGAAGUGGAUCAUCCGACUGCGUAAGGGUCUAGCGAGCCGGUUCUGGGAGAACAUCAUCCUGGCCAUGCUGGGGGAGCAGUUCAUGGUGGGGGAGGAGAUCUGCGGAGCUGUCGUCUCCAUACGCUUCCAGGAGGACAUCCUGUCUAUCUGGAACAGGACGUCCAACGACCAGACGACGACGUCCAGAAUCAGAGACACGCUGAGACGAGUCCUGAACCUCCCGACCAACUCCAUCAUGGAGUACAAGACCCACACAGACAGCCUCAGGGACAACUCGAGCUUCAGAAACACAAAGAUUUCCAUCUGAAGACCUCCUGACCAAUCAGGACGCAGAUCACCAUCCUUACACUCUGGUGUGUGUGUGUGUGUGUGUGUGUGUGUGUGUGUGUGUGUGUGUGUGUGUGUGUGUGUGUGUGUGUGUGUGUGUGUGUGUGUGUGUGUGUGUGUGUGUGUGUGUGUGUGUGUGUGUGUGUGUGUGUGUUGACUGGACCAAUAAAGGAACUGAAGUAGUUUUAUUGUUUGAUUAUUGAUCGGCAGCUGAAUAAUAAGAGAGAGUGUGCUGGUCUCUGUCAGCCUCCAGAGUUUCUCAUUUUCACUGUUUGUUUUAUUUGUGUAAAAUAAAACUGAAUUUCUAUUAA